AUUUUAACAUUUCGUCCGCAUUUAUUACCAUUACACAUUUGUUUGCGGAACCGUUGUAAGGAGCAGCCAAGAUUCAGUCGGACAGUUUUAGUGGAACACAGGGAUGGCACUCCGGCGGUAAUUUUAAUUUGAUGUUUGUUUUGCUAGCGGAGCGUUUAUACUUAGCAACCAAAACAAAUAUCUAGAUAGCGGUGCGUGUUUAUGUCUCUUUCAACUGUUGUUGCAAGAGACAUAAACAAAGGCAUAAAGAGACAGUUUAUAAUUUAUAAUUACAGUUUAUACAUAACUUAGACGUGUGUCAUGUUAGUUAUGAAAUCUUCAGAAUGACCUCGGGUCCCCUGAAAAAGAAAAGUUACCUGGGACAGCACCAGAUCAAGAAGAAGACAAGCAUCCAGGGCAACAAUGACCCAUCAGAAGGAGGAAGGCUGCUGCAGAAAACUUCAGGCCAAAUAAAUAGAGCACAGAGCAUUAGCAAAGAUAGCCUCAUGGGUGGAGGAGCUCCACUUCCAUUGGGUGAAUCCACUUUAGCUCUUGAUGAAGAGAUGCUACAGGUUCUGGAUGCUGUUGAUCUUUCGAAGGGCGAAGUUAAAAUGGAUGUUAAGAGAAAACAGAAUUCAGAUGCAUUUCCUUCUCCACGACCCACUACACACACUGCACACAGUGAGAUGGAGGGAAACUCUCCAAAGAUGAAGGAGAGGGAAUGGGAUUCUCUUCCUCACACAAAUGGGGGGGAUAAUCCUCAGCAGAAAGGCUGUAAAUCUCGAGGGGAUUCUAACAGACCUGGAUGGAGAGCGGACUGCAAAGACCUGGCUCAGAAGCUUCUCUUUGGUGAGGACUCUGGUGAAGUUGACCAUUCUCGGAGAAACCAACAGAAUAACCAUUCAAAUGAUGUUCCUGCCUCUGUCAGCGCUCUUCUCUGUAAAGAAACACACAAUGGUCAAAAAGCAGGCAGUCCUGGCAAGCAGAAGCCCAGAAGAAGUAGAUCUCCUCCAUCUGAUUACAAAGAUAACUCCAGCAAGAACUCCAAUCCGCCUCUGGAUGUAUCUACGGACUAUAUUUUAUUCAGCCCCACCUGUCUUGCAGCAGGUAGGCGGAGGACCAAACGUCCAAAUUCGUUACAGAAUCAAUCUGCCUCUGUGCUCACGGUGCCCAGCGGCCUGGAACUCAGCACUCUCAGCAACACACUUCCGCCCCCAGGCGUUGCGUUGUGUGCUCCUGAACAGCAGGCUGAGAAGCUGCUGUUAUCCAGCUGGGGGUUACCGAAGCCUGUUCUAGAGCGCUACCAGAAACACGGAGUCACUCAGAUGUUUGAAUGGCAGGCUCAGUGCCUCACCGUUGGACAUGUGCUGCAUGGGGGAAACCUUGUGUACUCAGCACCCACCAGUGCUGGCAAAACUCUGGUUUCGGAGUUGCUGAUCCUAAAGCGCGUGCUGGAGACGAAAAGAAAAGCACUUUUCAUUCUGCCAUUUGUUUCUGUGGCCAAAGAAAAGAUGCAUUACCUUCAGAGCGUGUUUGAAGAUGCUGGGGUUCGUGUGGAGGGCUACAUGGGGAGCACUUCAGCUGCAGGAGGGUUCACCACACUGGAUGUGGCUGUUUGCACCAUAGAAAAAGCCAAUUCUUUAAUUAACAGACUGAUUGAAGAAAAUAAUAUGGGUCUCCUAGGCAUAGUGGUGGUCGAUGAGCUACAUAUGGUUGGAGAUCCUGGAAGAGGAUACCUGCUGGAACUGCUCUUAACCAAAAUCCGCUAUAUCGCACAGAAGCAGAACACAUCAGGGUGUCUUGGAGAGGGCGUACAGAUCAUCGGUAUGAGUGCAACUUUGCCAAAUCUCUCUCUGCUGGCUAGUUGGUUGGGUGCAGAUUUAUACCAAACAGACUACAGGCCUGUACCCCUGCAAGAACAUCUCAAAGUGGGAUGUAACAUAUAUAACAAGAGCCUUUCUGUGGUCCGACAGUUCGUCCCUGCUCUCAAUAUUAAGGGUGAUGACGAUCACAUUGUGAGCUUGUGUUAUGAGACGGUGAGAGAAGGCCACUCCGUGCUGCUGUUCUGCCCCUCGAAAAACUGGUGUGAAAAGCUGGUCGAUACCAUUGCCAGAGCCUUCUUUAACCUCAGACAUACAGAUCUUCGGGGUGAAGCUUUGCCUCAGCCAUUGUGUCUAGAUGCUGAGGGCUUAGUUGAUGUAAUCGCUCAGCUGAGGCGAACUCCAGCUGGUCUUGAUCCCACCCUACAGCGCUCUGUCCCAUGGGGGGUGGCCUUCCACCAUGCCGGAUUGACGUUUGAUGAGCGGGAUGUGCUGGAGGGAGCUUUUCGCCAGGGCUUGAUCAGAGUUCUGGCCGCCACCUCCACCCUUUCAUCAGGAGUAAAUCUUCCGGCUCGCAGGGUCGUGAUUCGAACUCCAACUUUUAACGGACGCUUGCUCGACCCGCUCACAUACAAACAGAUGGCUGGACGAGCUGGGAGAAAAGGAGUGGACACGACAGGCGAAAGUGUGCUUGUGUGUAAGCAGAACGAGCGUCAGAAGGGUAUUAGUCUCCUUAUGGGUGCUCUUCAGCCAAUCAGCAGCUGCCUGGUGAGAAGGGAAGGUGAAGGUGUAACCACCAGCAUGCUCCGAGCCAUCCUGGAGAUUAUUGUUGGAGGUGUCGCCAGCACUCCGCUGGAUGUGAGGCUGUAUGCGUCAUGCUCCCUUUUAGCUGCCAGCAUGAAAAGUGACAGCAAGAAAGCAUCAAAUGAACAAACCAGCAGUGGAGCUAUCGAGGCUUGUGUUGAAUGGCUGAUGGAAAAUGAAUUUAUCAGUAUUCAAAAGGAAGAGCAAGAUGAGCAGUACUGUCCAACCCAACUUGGUGCUGCUACUCUUUCUUCAUCCCUCUGUCCUCCAGAGGCUUUGGGAAUUUUUGCAGAUCUCCAGCGGGCCAUGAAGGGAUUUGUACUCGAAAAUGAUUUGCACAUUCUCUAUUUGAUUACUCCGCUGUUCGCCGAAUGGACAACAAUAGAUUGGUAUCAGUUUUUCUGCCUGUGGGAGCAGCUGCCAUCAUCGAUGAAGAGGGUGGCAGAGCUGGUUGGUGUCCAGGAAGGCUUUCUUGCACGAUCUGUCAGCGGCAAACUUGUUGCCAAGACAGAAAAGCAGCUCAGACAGAUGGCCAUCCAUAAACGGUUUUUCACAACUCUUGUUCUCCAGGAUCUGGUCAGCGAGGUGCCUCUGGGAACGGUUGCCUCUAAGUACAACUGCAAUCGAGGACAGCUGCAGUCUCUCCAGCAGUCUGCUUCCACAUAUGCAGGAAUGGUAACCGUAUUCUGCCGGCGUCUGGGCUGGCACAACAUGGAGCUGCUGUUGUCUCAGUACCAGACCAGGCUGAGCUUUGGAGUCCAGCGGGAGCUCAUCGAUCUGGUCCGGGUUUCCCUCCUCAAUGCAACGCGAGCCAGAGCGCUCUACGCCCAGGGUCUCUGCACUGUGGCCGAAGUAGCCCGGGCACCUGUUGCUGAUGUGGAGAAAGCGUUGCGGAACGCAGUCCCAUUCAAGAGCUCUAAGCGAGCUGUGGAUGAGAGCGAGAUGGAGGCGGCGGAGAGGCGAAACCUGCGCUGUGUGUGGGUCACCGGCGGGCGGGCUCUGACAGAACAGGAAGCAGCUGCUGAGAUAGUUUCGGAGGCGAGGCUCCUCUUUAAAGAGGACCUGGCUCAGCUUGGAGUUCACUGGGAUCCAUCAACACUUCCUCCACAGGCUUCCGCUGAAAACAGCACUGAUGAUCACCCCAGUGGGGAUUCAGAUGCUUCGUCUGCCUCUCAUGUCAGCCCACACCAAUCACAAAUAGACAGGACUAAAGAGCCUCAAACGGGAAAGCACAAGUGGAAGAGGAAAGUCAGCGAGAAUCAUGGAGAGGAGAUUAGGACAGAUGCACAAAUAGGGAAAACGGUUGUUGGCGGGAAAGGUGUGUUAGAAGGAGAAGCAAAAAAGCAAGAUAUGAUGGAACCCGAUAUCAGUGAAGUUUUAGUAAGAUCUGAGGAAAGAAUUAAUCUAAAACCUAGCACACCGAGCCAAGAUGAUGCUGAACAUCCAGAGAUAAAAGAAGAGAACGGAGGGGCUGUAAAAGACGGGGAACGGUUGGGAGAAAUCAAGACACAAGAAGAAGAGAUGAGUAAAAGAAACAAAUCAAUUAGAAAAGUGAAUCCGCAUUAUUCAAAUCAGCCUGUUGCUGAAAGGGGUCUAACUCAAGAGUUGGCUGAGAUUUUAUCCAGCUCUCUCCCUCAGCUGCCCCCACAGUCUCUGCCCCCAUCAUCUCCAACCCCACCCCCAAGGUUCAGAGCCCCGAUUUCCCACUUAAUGCAACAACAAAGUGCUUCCACCAGCAUAGCAAAAGGAAAUUUUUCUACAUCCCCUCUGGAGCCAGGUAGACUAAAGUACUCAGUUGCGUUAAGCAAAGUCCUCCAAUCAAUACAAACUGACAGGGGCCUGCAGAACCAGUUGGAGCCAGUGUCUGCUACUCAUGUGCCCAUAACUGUUCAAGAAAACUCAGAUGAUGUCACUACACCUACUCAUGCAGAUAUGUCCAAUUCUCCUCUCCUUGUUUCUCCUGCCUCUGCUCCUCUGUUCACUCCUGAGGCCAAACGAAGGAGAAUCGAAGCCAGAGGGGUGGAUACAUUUUCAUCUCCUGAGCUGUACGCAGGCAGUAAGGCUGAUGAAGAGGCGCAGGGGGAUGUGGAAGAUAGAAGUUUCAGCGACAGCUUUGACUUGGACACUCAGACUGAGAGAAUUAUUGUUCAACAAACAUUCACAGGUAUAGCUGCAGUAACACAUCGGGUGGUAGAGGUGCAGAGGGUACAACAGGAGGAUUGGGUAAGAGGAGCUGAAGAUGACAGAAGAAAUGAAGCUGAAGGGCCUGAAAUAGCUUCUCCCAAAUUCAAUGUUUCUGUAACAGAGAGUCAGAUGGAGCUCAUCCUUAACACUAACCACAAGAUAUCUCCCAGUCCAGCUGGAAGAGGGAAACACCAAGGUAAAGAUGAAAACACACGUGACAAUAGGCUCCCUGACAAUAACGAGGCUGCAGCAGAGAGUCCAAACAGAAGCAGCAGCUUCCUGUUCGACAGCAUGUACGACAGCCCUCUCCUGGACGCUCUGCAACCAAACCAGAUACCUAAACCAGGAGAUGAAGAAGAAUCAGUUGGCCCCUGGCCUGCUGCUUCAGCCCAGCAGAGACGACGCAGCGAGCUUCUCGCCAACCAGGAGGCGGAAGAGCAGGAGGCAGACCAGUGGGGCAAGUCCUUCUUCAAUCUGUCUGAGUGGGGGGACUCGCUCUUGGUGGGUGAACACUUUCUGGAGAGGCAGAGUUUGCUGAGACACGCAGAGAGAACUGAAGAAAACCAAGAGCGGCAGCAACCCAACAAAGUCCCCGUGAUAAAAUCACAAAAUGAGUCUGACAAGAAGAAAGCUGGCAAUGACCAGUCUUGUAAUCAAAAUGAUAAACCAUCUACUGCUAAAUAUUUCGAUGAGGGCAGAACAGCACAACAGGUUGAUAAUAAAACAAAUGAAGAGAAUUCAAAACUUGAGGAAAAUUAUGAUUGUGAACACCCACAUUUCCAAACUUCCCCUAAAAGUGCUUUUUAUUGCAGCCCUGGGUUACAGGAAAUCUUCGACCGCUGGCCUAGUAUGUCAGACCAGCCAGGCUCCACAAACUCCCAAACACAAGCUGCUGCAGCUGCUACAGGCACAACAGAUGCUUCAGAGUGUCCCCAGCCAGUGACACAACUAGGCAGAAAGGGUGGAAAGUCUCAACAACGUGAUUCUCCUCAAAGGGUACAACUUUCAGAGAGACCAGGUUCUGCCGGUGACCUUAUUCCUCCAACUCAGGAAACGCCCCCGGUCACACCAAGAGUAAAACUGACCACCUCCUCUGUCCACUCACCUGUCGUCACUCACCCUCUUAAACAGUCGACCCCCUCAAACCGUCUUCCAGACUGUGCCACAUCCCACACAGGAAAUAAUCACUUAAUAGCAGGUGUUUCAUUUUUUGAUAGUAGAAAGCAGAAGAACACACUGACUGCCCAGAGCCUCUUCCUCCCCCCAGAGAGUGCUGCUUGUCCACCGUCCCCCCAACCUAAGCCUCCAUCUGACACAGAGUCCUCGGUGAGUCCUGAAGGCUUCACUCUCCAGCUGUCCCAGGAUGCCUCACUAUGCUGCAGCAACUCUGGGAGCUUCUCCAUCAUCGACGUGGCGAGCAACAGGCGUCUUUUUGCUACUUUUAUUAAAGAAUGGAAAACAAAAGAGCGGUUCUCUAUCGCUUUGGCCUGCGAGAAGAUAGAGCACGGGCAGCGGCCUGAGGAUGAAAUUGGAGGGAAACAUAAGAGAGCAUCAGCAGCUCAUCCAAAGCUUGGUGGUUUUCCAGUAAGAGACGACGAAGGCCUUACUUUGAUUGGACUAUCUGUCUGCUGGGGAGCCAGAGAUGCAUACUAUAUUUCUCUGCAGCAGGAGCAGAGCAAAGGUCUGAGCUCCAGUUUGGCUCCUCCUCCGCUCGAUGAUGCUCUGCCAGUAAGGGACAGGCUGGAGCAGGUGAAGGUCUGCCUAAAGGGACAACCGACUGGUCUCAAGAGCCGGACGGUUAGCGUCUAUGACAUCAUCAAGGUGUACAAGAGGCUGGUACUAAGCUGUGGCAUCAGCUUGGAGGGAAGUUAUGAAGAUCCAAAGGUUGCCUGCUGGCUGCUGGACCCUGGCUGUGAGGAGCGAACUCUUCCCAACAUGGUGACUGUCUAUUGUCCUGAAGAAUUACCUCUUCUGGACGGUCUUGGGAACGCACAUUCACACUGUCCUCGAGUCAGGGCAGCGACAAAGAGCGUGCUCAUACACACUGUGAUGAACCAUCUCUCUGGCCUGCUGGAGCAACAUGGCACACUAGAUAUAUUUAGGAGAAUAGAGAUGCCUUCCCAGGUCUGUCUGGCUCUGUUGGAACUGAAUGGAGUUGGCUUCAGCGUGGAGGAGUGUGAGAGACAAAAGCAUGUGAUGCAGGCCAAACUGUCAGUGCUGGAAGCUGAGGCUUACAGCCUGGCCGGACACAGCUUCUCCCUCACAAGUGCUGACGAUGUAGCACAGGUGUUGUUUUUGGAGCUCCAUCUGCCUCCAAACAGUGAUGUAGGUGGACCAAGAAAUAAGAAGACUCUGGGUUACACCAGGAAAGGCGGCGGCAGAGUGCGACUUGGGAAGCAUUUCAGCACCACCAAGGACGUUCUGGAGAAACUUCGAUCACUGCACCCUUUGCCAGGUGUGAUCCUGGAGUGGCGGCGAAUUACUAACGCCUUGACGAAAGUGGUGUUCCCCCUGCAGAGAGAGAAGCAAUAUCACCCUAUACUGAAUAUGAACAGAAUAUACCCCAUCGCACAGACCCACACAGCUACAGGUAGAGUGAGCUUCACUGAGCCGAACAUCCAGAAUGUCCCCAAAGACUUUGACAUUUACAUGCCGACUGUGGUAGGAGAGAGCCCUCCUUCCCAAGGCGACCUCCAGAUGCCCAACAAACCGGGAAAGAGGAGAAACUCUGUGGCUCCACCUCCUACAGCUACACCUGCAGAACCAGGCCCCGCCUUCUCUGUCAGCAUGAGACAUGCAUUUAUUCCUUUUUCAGGUGGAAUGAUAUUGGCAGCCGAUUACUCUCAGCUGGAACUGAGAGUGCUGGCUCACCUGUCGAAGGAUCAGCGCCUCCUGCAGGUGCUAAAUGGAGGAGCAGAUGUGUUUCGUUGCAUUGCUGCUGAGUGGAAAAGCGUUGACCCGGAGUCUGUGCAGGACGGCCUCAGACAACAGGCAAAACAGAUUUGCUACGGCAUCAUCUAUGGAAUGGGAGCAAAGUCACUUGGGGAGCAAAUGGGAGUAGAGGAGAAUGAUGCUGCCUGCUACAUCGAAAGUUUCAAAGCAAGAUACAAAGGGAUCAACACUUUUCUUAAACAGACUGUAAAGAAGUGUUUAAAGGACGGCUAUGUUCAGACACUGAUGGGCCGCAGGAGAUAUUUAGCCGGGAUCACCAGCCCAAAUCCACACGUCAAAGCUCAUGCGGAGCGACAGGCGGUGAACACGACAGUGCAGGGUUCAGCGGCUGACAUCGUCAAACUGGCAACUGUCAACAUCCAGAAACGGUUACAAAAUAUAUAUCCUGCAGCACCGCUGUCUCACAAGCACGCUCACCCAGCUCAUAAUCACCACAGAACGGGGAUGCCUCGGCUCAGGGGAGCCUACUUUAUCCUACAGCUGCAUGAUGAGCUCAUCUAUGAAACCACAGAACAGGAUCUCAUACAGGUUGCACAGAUAGUCAAGAGGGAGAUGGAGUCGGCAGUGAAGCUGUAUGUAAAGCUAAAAGCUAAAGUCAAAGUUGGACCCAGCUGGGGAAACCUGCAGGACCUUGAUGUAUAAACUGAAUGUUAAAUUAUGAAGCUGACCAUAAUGCUGCUUUGUAACUUAUUUAUAUACAAUCUAUUGCACAUAAGAUUUUUAAUCAUUACAUUGACAAGAUGCGACAUCCCUCCGGUCUGUGAUUUUAUACAUAAAAUUUACAUGAACUUCUGUUUGUACUUUGUAUCCAUGGAUUUAUUUGCCUGUAAACAGCUUAAUUAGUUGUGAUAUAUGCUGAAACACUAAACUCCCACCAAUUUUGGUCUAUAAAUAUAUAAAUCACA